UGUGUGUGUGUGCAUGUGUGUGUUCAGGUGUGAGCACUGGCCUUGGAGCUGGACUCAGAGAGAAGUCAGCACCCGGACAGUGUGGCAGGCAAAGAGCAGGUCAGAGCUCUCUGAGGGGGCCCUGACUGCUGACCAUGGGGCCAACGCACUGAGGGCCCCCCAGAUAAAUUAUAAAAACAAAAGAGGAGCAGAAAAGAAAUAAGAACAAGAAGAAAAGCUAAAAAAAAAGAAAAGAAAGACAGACAGAGAAGAACAAUGGUUGCAGAGGAAGUGAUUAUUACAUUGUCUGGUGGAGCGCCAUGGGGCUUUCGUCUCCAGGGAGGCUUGGAACAUCAGAAACCGCUCCAGGUGGCUAAGGUACGUAAACGCAGCAAGGCGUGCAGGGCUGGGCUGCGGGAGGCUGAUGAGCUGGUGUCCAUCAACGAACAGCCAUGUGGAACGCUAUCACACGCCCAGGCCAUGAACCUCAUAGACAGCUCCUCUGGGUUAUUACACAUCCGGGUCAAAAGGGCCCCUGCUGGUUUUCAGUCUGUGGUGCUUGUGACCCGUGCCCCAUCUCCCCGUAUAGACAAAGAGUACCGCGCUGCUCUGCGUGCCAUGUCACCCUCUCACCCCCACCAUGCACCUGUCCGUGAGGUCCACCGUAGCCGCUCCUCCCUGACCAGUGGCUUGACAUCUCCACCUGGCAGUGAGGCUUACUAUGGUGAGACUGACAGUGAUGCAGACGUGGCGGGCUAUGAGAGGCAGCGCCGGCAGAAACGUCGCAGCCCCAGCAACUCCAACCCUGGGAAACCGACAGGACGAGCCUCCCCUGAGGGCGGUGAGACAUCAGAGAUGAGUGGCUAUGACAGCGCUCCAGAUGCACACGUUUACCCCACUUUGUUGGAUGGACGCGGGGGAGAUGGACAUGCAGGAGGGGGGCUACCGGGGGUGGCAAGGAGGGAGGUGAUUUACCAGCCUUCUGUUCCAGGAAUGUGGUCCUCCCAGACAUCCACUGAGACCUCCUCCAUCAUCUCCUCAGCAGAUGACCAGGGGCCACGGGAUGGAGGGCAAGAAGAGGACAGUGGCUUUCUAGAGCCAGCCAAUGUGCCACUGGUUUCCCCUGAGAGGGCAAAGGAGGCCUUAAUGCUGGGCUCCCGCAACCAGCUUGUACCCAUGGUGGGUCCUGUGAAUAAACCCAUAGACGAAGAGCUUACAACAACCUACAUGGAAAAGGCCAAACAAGCCAAAUUGAACCGAGGAGAUACAGUGCAAGACAAGCAUGUAAAGGAAGCCAAAAGCAAGUGUCGAACAAUUGCAUCCCUGCUGACUGAUGCUCCCAACCCUCACUCCAAGGGAGUACUGAUGUUCAAGAAGAGGCGGCAGCGCUCUAAGAAGUACACCCUCACCAGCUUUGGUAGUGUGGAUGAAGACAGGUGUCCAGACUCACAAGAGGAGGAUGGGGUACUUCCUGGCAGUGAAUCAGAGUUUGAUGAGGAUGGCUUCUCAGCUGUUCCUGACCCAACAUGGGAUAGUGACUACUUGGAUAUGCUGGAGAAAAGGGCAACUGCAGGCAUUGAAGGUCGGGGGGAUGGAGCAGAGGACGCUCCGAGUCCAGGAUUGAGUGACACUACAGGCAAGGGUGCCCAAUUGUUUGAGCAGCAGAGAAAGAGAGCUGCUGAGCAUGCCAAGAAGGUGGAGGCAGCACAACCUCAGGCUCCUCCACAGUCUCAGGUCCAAGAGCAGGCUCAGAUUUACCAGCUGCAUCCAGAGAUGCAAUCACAAAUGCAACCAAACCUCCAGCCUCAGCAGUUAAUACCACCUGGGUCUACAACCAUACAGCAAGAACUCUCCCAGGUUCCAAGUCCAGUUGCAGUUGGUGCCCAUGGGGUGUCUAAUGGGGAUCUAUCCUACUCUGCAGCUAGCACAGCUACUAUGGUGAUGUCACCUCCAUCUGUGGCACCCAAACCAGCCACUGCCUCAGUGACUAUUCUGACCAGUCCUGCACCACCAUCUGAAACACCAUUACCAGAACUACCUGCUAGUAAUGUUCUCAACAGAACCGCACGUCCUUUCACUCCUGGCUUCAUCAGCAUCCGAGCAGCGACUGCCCCCGUAACGUUCCGACCACCAGUCACAAAGACGACCCAGCGUCCUGCCUCAGCAGCUGUUGUGCCACCACCAUUCUCCACUCCCGCUGAACUAGCCAUUAAUGCUCCAUCAGUAAUAUCACAACUACCUCCUGGUCCUCCUUUAGCACUCUCCCCACCAUCCUCCAUACCUCAAGGUCCUUUUGUUCCGACACCAGAGGCUCCAGUUACCUUUCAUCCUCCAGCCAUCUCUACCUCAGUAGAGACAAUGCAGUCAGCACCAUCAAUAACUACUGCUCAUCAGGCUCCAUUUGCAACUGUGCCCUCAAUGUCUAUGUCUUCCAUACCCCCAGCCCCACAAGCACCAGUGGUUCCAGCUCCUGUUCCUCCUGUUUCCCAAAUUCCUGGUUCAGCCGACCCAACUGCCUCAAUGCCUCCACUUCAAGUUCCAGUUUCUCAGCCACCACCACCUCAAUUUUCUAUGGCACCUGUAGCUCAAGUGGCAGCAGUCACACAGCCAGAAGCUGUAGCUCCAACCCCUGUUCCUGGUCCAUCAGGUCGCACAGGAAUCUUACUUGAGGCUCGACGGCGUAGUGGCAAAGUCAAACCCAUGUUCAAUAUGCCAGAUGUCAAAAAGAACUCCCCUAAUCCUGAGCUACUGUCUAUGGUACAGAACCUGGAUGACAGGUCCACGCGAUACAAACAUGGGCAAACACCUGCUGAAGCUAACUAUGAUGCAGCAGAAGAAGAGAGGUAUGGUGAGGCUGCCAUGGGGAGAGUGCCUCCUCCAGUGGCACCCAAGCCUCGGGUCAUCCACGAAGCCCCACAGAUUCUUCAAGCAGGGGGUAAGGGAGCCCAGCUGUUUGCCCGCAGGCAGAGCCGAAUGGGUAUGUAUGUAGUGGACACCCCACCUGAGACCUCUUACCAGCAGGAAGUGACCAUGCACAAUGCAGUCCAACCCCUUGACUCUUCCCUCAGUCCUUCCACUCCGUCUCAGUGGAAAUACUCCCCGAAUGUCCGUGCCCCUCCACCCAUUGGGUACAAUCCACUUUUUGCCCCUUCUAUCCCUACGGGGCCUCAGAGGGAUACAAGCAAGCCAGACAGCAAGGGCAGAGGAGGCUCACAAAGAGAGGGUAUCAAAGCACUGGAUUUCAUGAGAAGGCAGCCCUACCAGCUCAACUCUGCCAUGUUCAACUAUGGGGGCAGUACUACUAAUCUAUCAGCCAUGCCUUCUUACCAGGCCCAGAGGCAGCAGCAGGGUGAUUACUCAACAACAAUGGUGGGCAGUUCAUUAAUCUCACCUAAGCAGAUACCCCUAAAAACAGCCCGUGUCUAUGAGAUCAAGCGAUUCUCCACACCCACACCCAUGUCAGCUCCCACCUUGGCUCCAAAAGUCAUUGCACCCCGUUCAGCUACAACCCUUGGAGAACGUUUGACUCACUCCGGAAUGACCUCCCCACCUCCUGCUCCUUUCACUCCAGGCCCAGCCCCUUAUUUAACACCAGCACCAGUCAGUGUCCCAACCCCAGUUUCACCUCCCACCCAACCAGCUGGAUUGCCCAGCCUCCCAAAAUUCUCUGCCACCCCUAUUCCAAACCCUGUGCCCCCUGCAGUCCCUACACCUUACACUCCAGUAUCCUACACCACUGGGCUCCAGGCAGCCAAGCAGUUCCAGAGCGCUCCUGAGCUCAGUAUCCUUUCCUCCUUGCCCCCACUAAAGUCCAACCCAGUUCAGGCACCCAAACCCCGUUUUGUUGCCACGAAGGGAGGCGUCCAGCCCCGUGUCUGGAGGCCAGGUGCAAUGUGAUCAGCAGUGGAACAGUCACUAUCACCCUUGGGCAUCUUCACAUAGUUUUAAUUUAGUACUGAUAUGACUAGUUGAUUAUUGACAAAAAAAAUUAGUCAGCAACACUUUUAUGAUUUUGUUCAUUGUUCAGGCCAAAUAAAAAUGCCUAUAGGCAACUGCCUCCAUCAAACAUGACAAAUUUUCUGAUUUUCCCUUCUUAGGUCACUGUAAAUGGAAUAUCUUGGGGGUUUGGGUGGUUGGUUGAACAAAAAAAGAAUUUUGUAUCACCUUAGGUUUUGGGCAAUUACAAUGGGCAAUUCCCUAAUCAAUAAAUUGAUUCAUUUUAAGCAGCCCUGCAUCCAUUAAUUUAAGCCACAAAUUCAGCUGGUGAAGUUUUGAACUUGUUAGAACUUGAAUAAUGAUAAUAGAUCAUAAAUUUCUACUUGCUGCUCAAAAUGCUGCUUAAUACAUUUAUUUUGUAACCAACACAUUUAUUCACGUUUAUCUGAGUGACAAUAAUAAUAAUUAUAAGGAAUAUUAGCACAUACUCUAUGCUGCAUAGUCCACCAUAUGCCUGUCCUGGAGGAGGUUUGUGUAAGGCUACUGGAGAUCUCUUUCUACUAAUUUAGCAGAAACACCAUCUAAACAGAGCCUGUACUGAAUUAUUCUUUGAAACUUGAAGUGUCUGACAGAUGUUGAAAAUGAAUAGCUGCCAUUCUGACCAUAGGAUUAAAUCACUGAGGAUGUAUGUUGUAGUAUGAUGACAGGCAGAGGUGGAUAAAGGCUUUCAUCUUUAAACAUAUAUUCUGUUAUUCUGAACUUGUCCUACUAAAUGUUGUGCACAACAUGUUUUUUUUUUUUAAAUUUACCCAAUCUGUAGAUUAAUCAAUAAGAAACCCAUGACGAUCUAGUCUCCAAGGGUUUAAAUGAUGCAUGACCAGUUGAAAAUUGUAAAAUGUUUUUAAACGCCUAAGCUCACUAUGAAACUAUAUGUGAAGACAAGGUUGCAAGGUGUUAGUGAGGUUGCGCCAAAUACCUCUGCUCACUACAGCCAGAGAGAAAUGCUAUCUUUUUAGCAUGGGUCACAUUCAACAAGUGCCCGGGCUGUCACUGAAUGUACACUUGUCACUUGAUAUCACAGCUUCCAGUCGCGACUUAGGCACACCAGAGCCUCCUUAGUAUCAGUGUGAUCUUUGCAGAUAUAUGUAAAUUCUUUAACUUUUAUUAAACAAAUAACACAGAUGAA